AUUUUGAUUAUCUCCAUACCAAUAAAAUUGAUAAUUCCUCUUCUACUGGACUGAUUGAUUAUUGAUGAGAAGAAAGAAAAAGGUCAUUGUUGUCUCUACUGCAAGUUAUACUUGUUUCAUUUCUAAAAUCACUUCGAGGUAGGAGGAACACCAUCAGAAGGACGUCUCGAUUCGCUUUAACAUUUCUGGAAAGCUUGGCGGUCUAACGUUCAGCGAUUCCACUGUCCCAUAUGUCUUUAAGCAUUGAAUUCUUCCGAAUUUUUGUAGCAACAUGGAACGUCGGAGGAAAAGCUCCUCAUACUGGUCUGGAUCUUGAUAAAAUUCUGAACGUUGAAGAUAAAUCUGACAUUUAUGUUUUAGGUUUUCAGGAAAUAGUACCAUUGAAUGCAGGAAAUGUUCUUGUUAUAGAAGACAAUCAGCCUGCAGCAAAAUGGUUAUCCCUAAUCAACAAUAGCCUAAACGAGCCUCAAUUAGCUGACAACUCUGACCGCACAAGCACCUCAUCUGCACCGGGUUCUUCCUAUCCCCAUACUUUCGACAGAAAGUCCGUUGGUUCCAGACACACAAAACAAUAUAGCAGCGGUUUUCCAUUCUUUUAUAAGCCUUCUCUCAGAAGAGUAAGUAAGAAUUUCAGGACCGAGAAAAAGAGACGGCUAAAGACUUGUAACUGCGCAGUGGAAUUGGACAGGCAGUUUACGUAUCAAGAGAACUAUCUUUUUGAACAGAACUCUUCGUCAGAAGACGAUGAAGACGGUACGCGUAGCGUUAGGAUGACAACAAUUUCAUCUCCUCCUUCUAGCAACCAACCAAAGUAUAGCCUGAUUGUGUGCAAGCAAAUGGUUGGAAUUUUUGUUACCAUAUGGGUGAGGAAAGAGCUUGUCCAACACAUUGGUCACCUCAGAGUUUCUUGUAUUGGGCGUGGGAUAUUGGGUUAUCUUGGAAAUAAGGGAUGCAUAUCUGUUAGCAUGACUUUGCAUCAGACAAGCUUCUGUUUUAUAGGAAGUCACUUAGCUUCUGGAGAGAAAGAAGGAGAUGAGAUCAGAAGAAAUUCUGAUGUUAUAGAAAUCUUAAAGUCUACCCAAUUUCCAAAGAUUUGCAAAAAGGCUGGUUGUAGGAUUCCAGAAAAGAUUCUUGACCAUGAUCGUAUCAUAUGGUUGGGCGACUUGAAUUACCGGAUUGCAUUGAGUUACACGGAAACAAGAAAACUUCUACAGGAGUAUGACUGGGAAGCACUACUGCAAAAAGAUCAGCUUAGAAUUGAAAGAGAUGCAGGACGAGUAUUCAAGGGAUGGGAAGAAGGAAAAAUUUAUUUCGCGCCCACAUAUAAAUACUCAAUAGAUUCAGAUGCUUAUUCUGGAGAAUCUGUAAAAUCGAAAGAGAAGAGGAGAACUCCUGCAUGGUGUGAUCGAAUACUUUGGAAUGGAAACGGAAUAGAACAACUAUCCUAUGUGCGAGGGGAAUCAAAGUUUUCUGAUCACCGACCUGUAUGUGCAGUAUUUAUGACAGAGGUUGUGGUUCUCGAUGGAAGAGCAUCAAGCAGCACAUUAUUUCAUAAUUCUCGUCCCAAAGUUGAAGAAGCUGAAUCUCGCACUUGCAGCAAUAGACUUGUUGAGUUGAAUGAGAUCAGCACCUGGAUGCAUGCACACUGGGCAUCAAAAUUUCCAAGGCGCAAGAACAUUGUUCACCAUUUUCAGGAUGCCUAAACACUGCGCGGAGUCGCGGACCUUGUUUGUUUCUGGAAGCAUAUCAAUGCGUGAAUGUAAAAAGAAAAAGUGCACCUUUUUUAAAGGUUGCAAGAACACCGUACAUCAGUUUUUUCCUGGAUGCAAAAACAAUUUGCAUACUAUAUUUUGUACUCGAUACAUGGUUGCAUAAAAGUAUGCAUCAUUUCUCUGGAUGCGGAAAUAUUUUACUA